AUCGCAUUCGUAUCUUAUUCUCAAGUCACACAGCAAGCCAUGGAUACUACCAUUCAUCUAUCCCGGACUGUUCUAUUUUUUUCAAUUUUGUUUGUUUUCAGUCUCUUCACUAUUCUUCUGGAAACCAAGGAAUUGGCUUUGGUACGCGUGAGAGAAACCAGCUAUGCAAACGAAAUAGAAAACAUUGCAAUCGAAUAUGCAAACGAAAUAGAAAACAUUGCAAACGAACAUGCAAAGGAAAUAGAAAAAAUUACAAACGAACAUGCAAAAGAAAUAGAAAAAAUUACAAUCGAAAAAGAAAGCAAAAGCGUCGAACCCCAAACGAUAGAAGAGCAAGCUUGCUUGGAUCUUGGUGAUGGGAACAAUAUGGACGAGCUUUUGUCUGCCCACAAGCAAGUCUUUGUUGCGAUGCCGGCAAAAGCCGCCGGGUCGUCCAUGAAAUCUUUUACAUCGAAAUGCAUGAAACGCGGGUGGUCGGGGAACUACACCGAUAGGUGGGUGGAAAACGUUUUAGCCAAGCCGGACGUUUUGAAAGAGCUGCUCCAUGGUCCACUCGAAGUUCCGCCGUUGAUUGCGUCACACAUGUAUGAAGAUGCGGACUUCAUGAGGUUGAUGCAGGCAGCCACCAAAGAAACAUUGAUCGUGUACAUUCACCGGGAAGAGACCUCGCGACUAACGUCUGCCAUACGAUAUGUAAUGGACCAUAGGAAGUGCCCCGAGUUCUUGAAGGAGCACCGGGCCAACAACGACAAAAAAACCUGCACGGUGGAGGAGGAGCAGUUGACCCAAAUAAUCCAGGAUAGAAAGACGAACAGCAUGGGGGAAAUCGAAUACGGGGCAGUCGAACUUUUGACGUGCCGGACUUACAGUGCCAUCCGAAGCAAUGCGCCCAAGCUUGUGUUUAUGCACUACAAACAGGCUUCCAAGUUGCAAAAGCUCCUCGCAAAAAGGUUCUGCCCACGGCAAGGAGACAGCCUCAAGAAUGUUCGCUCGGAGGAUGCGAAGAUCCAGGUGGAGCUGCGAGAGGGCGGUUCCGUCGUAACGCUGGACCAGUGGCUCGAUGCGAAGCAGCAUUUUUUGGAGCUGGCGCUUGGAAUGAAAGAAACAAUGACGUGCCAGCACGAAACCAAGUCAAUGGAAGAAACUCUGUUUGCUUGUCCCGACGAGACCUUCUAUUGGACCCCAGAGAUGAACUUGGUAUCGAGAUGAAAAGAGGAGCUCGGCCUAUUGUGUAGGACGAGACGAAGUUACACCGGGGCAAAUUCUACACUAGUUUUGUGGGCACCUCUCCCGUUGUUGCGGUCUCCCAGAACAGACAGAAAGCAACCCGAGGAAGGAGAUUCUGGUUUCCGAGAACAGCGAUUCCCAAACGACGUGAACCCCCCUGACAACCGAUCGAUUCCAAGCGCAAUGGAACGGCACCGCGCCGUUCCGCAUCGAUGUAAAACCCAAACUGUAUAAAUGACUGUUCGUGGAUCCCAAGUGCCUGCAUAAAUGUCAUAAACAUCA